AUGUUUAGUACUGCAUCAACAAACAUACAAAAAAUGUUAGGCGACAGACAUAAUUUGGCGAAAAACGACCAUAACAACCAAAGAAUGAUGGCACCCUCUCUUGAGGAUGAAAACAACUACUACAUCUGCGAAUGCCACUCCUGUAAUAUUGGUACAAAAUAUAGAGGAUGGAUCCCUCGAGGAUUUUUUGCAGGAUUUUUUAUACCUUUACUAUGGUUCUGCAACCUGGUUAUUUAUUUGUAUACCCAAUGGCAUUUGAAUCACGAGCCAACGCAUGCUCAAAUAGCAUUAGAAGAAUUACCAAGUAACCACGAGUUCCAAUCAAGGAUUAAUGCUUCUAACAUAACGCUAGACAAGAGUACCAUUGAAGAGAUUGAUCGUGUUAACGAGAAAACCACAGUUUUGGACGAUCCAAAGGACCAUAAGGACUGUCCUAAAUACAAUCUACAAGAUUACAGGAACCAAUUUCUCAGACAGGUUGCCUCCGAUAUUAUCGAGUCACACGGAGUUAAAAGAGAUCACUACAAAAAAUGGACCCAAUGGUCCCUCCUCGGUAUCGUGACUUAUUCAGUGACUACAGUACUCGCCGUCAUCGCUUACAAGCCCAGGUAA